UUUUUCUUUCAAAAAAAUGAAAGAAAAAGAGCACAGCAUAGGGCAAAGGCAAGUGUCUCAACUCGGAAAACCUCAGCUCAGCCCAUUGCUGGAAAACUCCCAGAGGAGCAGACUUCAGAGAGAGCGUUCCGCAGAGAAAGCAGAAGCGGUAAAGCAGGAAGAGAUGAGUGCUUACAAUGCUUUUAAAGCUUGUGCUCCAAUCUCAUGGAGCCCUAAUCUAUACAUAACCCUUGUAAGGGGUAUUCCAGGCACUAGGAGGCUCCAUAGGCGUACCCUUGAAGCAUUGCGUCUGCGGAAAUGCAACCGGACUGUAAUGCGGUGGAACACGCCUACUGUUAGGGGAAUGCUUCAUCAGGUGAAAAGGUUGGUUGUCAUUGAGACAGAAGAGAUGCACAAGGCACGUAAGGAGAAACUAGCUGAUCACAAAGCUCUACGUCCUCCCUUGGUUGUAAACCAUCACGCAGCCCCUGCAGCUGAUUCAGUUCAGUAACUGUUGAAGCUCUUUCCUGGUCAGUUUUAUAAUUUUGUCCUGCUAGUCGACUGAGUUGAUAUAGUGCACCUAGUAAUAUUUUGGAAAAUUUGAAAGCUGUAAUAGGAGCUUUUGCUUCAGCAUAUGCUAUGAAAUAGCAUUGCACCUUUGUAUACAGGAGGUGAUACAGUACGUGUGUGGUGGUUAUUACUGUUUUGGCUAUAUCAAAAUGCAUGAUGCCUCUGGAGUCUGAGCAAUCUAAGGAAUUGGUUAGGUUGUUACUGUCAAAUGCCGAACUUGAAGAAAGAUGAUAUAAGUUCGUAUAAACUGAAAACUGGCUCUAGCCCGUUGAUAUGGGAUCAUUUAGCUUGCCUUAUGUCUUGUUAGUUAUAACAAAGUUAAUCUAUGAUAAGUGGCUUGCUUUGUGUUUAUCAUUUACAAAGAAUGCUAGCUUGAUUUC